ACUGCCCCUCCCCCGCCCCAAUUAACUGGAGGAAUUAGAACCAUAGAACCGGAAGGGGCCCCAAGUGUCAUCUAGUCCGACCCCCUGCAAUGCAGGGAUCUCAACUAAAACAAAAUGAAAUAUUUCUGACACAGUUUGGAGUACGUUAUUAUUUGGAAUAAAAUAAUCGUGGAAAAGGAUAUUCAUAACCAGAAGAAUGCCAAGAAGCGCAAGUAAUUCUGUUGCAGGAAGGGAACACAGUAUGAAUGGAGGCCCGGGAAUAAGAGAACCAAUCAGAAGAGACCCGAGAGGCGGCGGCGAACCAAUCAGGGGAGCCGGAAGCUGGAAGCCCAUUGAAGCCGUUGCGUCUUGGUCAUUCAUCUUCUUCCGCCCCGGCUGCUGCUGCUCCUCUCCAGGGGAGAGACAGGCUUCGCCUCCGGUCUGCAUCUUCCCUGGAUCCUGCCCUCCGAGGAAACCACCUGAGGCUGCCCAAUGAAUCUGGUGACCAUCCAAGCCCUCUUGACCUUUGAGGAGGUGGCUGUGUUUUUCACGGAGGAGGAGUGGGCUCUGUUGGAUCGUGGCCAAAGAGAUCUGCACAAGGAAGUCAUGGAGGAGAAUUAUGAGAUGGUGGCCUCUUUAGAAUCAGACCUCAGUUCCUGUUGGAAAGAAGGACAAGAUCCAUUCCUCCAGGUCCCCAAAGAAGGGGGAACCUCAACAGGUAAUGGGCAGAAAAUUGAGAAUUAUGGUGAGCCAUCUGUGGUGUCUGUAGAAAAUGUGGGGCAUGAAGCACAGAAAGAGACAUUUGUAAAUCAACGAUCACCUGAAAAGCAUGUAGGAAAUGUGUUGAAGAACUGGAAAACCAAAUCCCUUGCUACUCAGGACACUGAUGUCCGUGUAUCACUGAGUCCACAGGAAGAAUGCACAGGAAGUAGCAGUGUGGAGUGUGGAAAGAGCUUCAGUCAGAGUGGAAGCAUUAGUUUACAUCAAAGAACCCAAGCAGGGGAGAAAGCGUUUCAAUGCACGGAGUGUGGAAAGAGCCUCAGUAGUGCUGGUAACCUUGUCAAGCAUACAAAAACCCACAGAGGGGAGAAACCAUUCAAAUGCAUGGACUGUGGAAAGAGCUUCAGCCAGAGCGGAAACCUUAUUGCACACCAAAGAAUUCACACAGGGGAGAAACCAUUUAAAUGUAUGGUGUGCAGAAAGAGUUUUAGUCUCAGUCACCAUCUUACUUUACAUCAAAGAACCCACACAGGAGAAAAACCAUUUAAGUGUGUAGAAUGUGGAAAGAGCUUCAGUCAGAGUGGAAGCCUUGUUGCACAUCAAAAAACCCACACAGGCGAGAAGCCAUUAAAAACUAUGGUUUGUGGAAAGAGCUUCAGUCUCUAUCACCAUCUCACUGUACCUCAAAAAACCCACACAGGGGAGAAACUGCAUAAAUGCAUGGAGUGCGGAAAGAGUUUCACUUGUAGGAGUGCCCUUACAGAACAUCAAAGAAUCCACACAGGGGAGAAACCGUAUGAAUGCAUAGAUUGUGGAAAGCGCUUCCGUAUUGGGAGUGUCCUUACUUUGCAUCAAAAAACCCACACCGGGGAGAAGCCAUUUAAAUGCACGGAGUGUGGAAAGAGCUUCAGUCAGAGUGGAAACCUUGCUGCACAUCAAAGAAUUCACACUGGGGAGAAACCAUUUAAAUGUAUGGCAUGUGGGAAGAGCUUCAGCCAGAGCGGAAGCCUUACUGCACAUCAAAGAAUCCACACAGCAGAUAAAUCAUUUAAAUGUGUGGUGUGUGGAAAGAGCUUCAGCCAGAACGGAAACCUUAUUGCGCAUCGAAGAACCCACACAGGGGAGAAACCAUUUCAUUGUAUGGUGUGUGCAAAGAGUUUCAGUCUGAAUCACCACCUUACUUUACAUCAAAGAACCCACUGCACAUCGAAGAACCCUUACAGGCAAAAGACUCUUUAAAUGUAUGGUACGUGGAAAGAGCUUCAGUCUCUUAUCACCAUCUCACUGUACAGUACCUCAAAAUACCCAUACAGGGGAGAAACUGCAUAGAUGUGUGGAGUGUGGAAAGAGCUUCAGUUGUAGGAGUGCACUGUCCAACCAAGAACCCACACGGGAGAAACUGUAUGAAUGCCUAGAUUGUGGAAAGCACUUCCGUAUUGGGGGUGUCCUUACCUUACAUAAAAAAACCCACGCCAAGGAGAUACCAUGAAAACGUAUGGAGUGUGGAAUGAGGUUCAGUGGGAUUGGUGGCCUGACUUUGCACCUGAGAACUCACACCAGAUAACUAACUCUUAAGUGAAUGAAAUAUGAGCAGCAAACUUACUUCACACAAAAGAUUCCACAGGUGGAGUAACAGUCUAGAACAGAAAUUGUGCUCCGGCGGCGCGGCAGCAGCAGGAGGCCCCAUUAGCUAAAGUGGUGCUUCAGGUUUAGAACAGUUUCAGGUUAAGUACGGACCUCCGGAACGAAUUAAGUACUUAACCUGAGGUACCACUGUACAGGUUAAAAUGCAAUUUAAAAUGCAGCCUCAUAGAUCAAAACCAUAAGGGGAGGGAAACAUAAGGGUCAGACUGAGUCCAGACAAUGUGUGGCUAUCAAUAUUGCCACCUUCUGGGCACCAACUCAGCAAGCAUGCACCGUGUUUACAAAUGAGCUAAGAUUUAAGAAGGGUGUGUAUAAGAAAUGGAAGAAAAGGGAAAUCAUGAAAGAAGAGUAUACGCGAGGUCUGGCAGGCCAAAGCUCAGAAUGAGCUCAGGCUCACAAGAGAUUAAAAUUAAUAAUAAUAUGACCUCUGAAAGAAAAUGAAUAAAUGCUAUUGGGUGAUACAGAGAAGGCGGAACUGCUCAACACCUACUUUGCCUCUGUCAUCACCCAAAAGGAAAGCAGUGCUCAACAUGGUGAUAACAGAACCAACCCUGUUCCUUAUGUGAGAUGAGCUCAAUUUGUUGGAGAUUCAUUCCCCGUGUCUGCAGUCAUGGGAUUGUUGUCUAUCACAUGACGGUGUAUGUUUUCAUUCCACAAAGUGGAAAGUGAUGGAGACAGGAUGUUUGUGUUACUGUGUUCCGUAAAGUGGGACUAUUGUCCUUUGUUCUUUCUCUUUGCUGUCUGAUGAGAAAGAGGAAGGAGCUAAGCCACAAUGCUCCGAGUGUUUUAUAUGUAAAUAAAGUCGAUUAGCCAAAA